UAGAGGGACCCCAGGGGCCAGCCCUGGCGCUGCUUGUGCCCAGAGCCUCCCGGGGCAGCCACCAGGGGGCGCUGUUGGUUCGCAGGUGCCUGCUGUGUCCUGCUGGGGGCCAACCCGCUCCCAGCACAACGGGGGCAUAAGGGUUAGGCACGUGCAGGUGCUGGGGCUAGCGGUUGGCACCCCAGGUGCCCACGCUCUUCCCCCCCCCCCCCCCUUGCCCCCUACCCGCAGCUGCCUGGCUUCAGGGGGUGUCUGCCUCAGUUUCCCACGACCAAGGCAGUGGGGAGGGGGCGGGGGGGGGCUGCUACUGUAGUGCAGGUAAUAAAGUGCACCCUUGGGGGGCUCCCCUAAUGUUGGUGAGGAAGCACCUCCACACAUAACAGGACUCCUUGGCUUUGCCUACCGUAAUACUUCUAGUAAGGGGGGGGUCCUAUCGAGGACUACCAUACUGGCCCUAGUGCCACAGCACCCCACUUCCCAGCGAGUGCUACCGUAAUACAGCGAGUAGCGCCCGCCGCACGUGGGCUUGUGCUGGCGGGGGACGAGACGCGCACAGAAUCAGGGCGCUACCGUAAGUCUCCGAAGUGAGGCGCACAAGCCUUCCCCUCCCACGCGCGCCCCCCGCCCUCGCCCUUCUGCCCACUCCCCACGCGCGGCGCGGCUCCACCCCCGCCUGGCCCCGCCCCCGUGCCCACACCUGCGCCCAGGUGCGCGGGGGGCGGGGCGGGGCGCGCGUGGGCGGGGCCGGGCCGGGCCGGGCGCGGCGUGGGGCGGCGAUGGGGAGCCCGGCGGCGGGGCGGCGGGCGCUGGGGGCCCCGCGGGGGGCGCCCCCCCCCACGCGAGCCCGCGGCGGCCCCGAUCCGGGCCCGGGGCCGGACGCGCUGCGGGACGCGCUGCUCUGCCUGCACGGGGCCUGCAGCGGCGCCCCCCAGCGGCGGGACCGCGGCGCGCAGCUCUUCCUCCAGUGGGCCACCCCCUUCGUGGAGCAGGUGAAGGAGCUGCAGCUGAGCCGGGACGACUUUGAGAUCCUCAAGGUCAUUGGCCGUGGCGCCUAUGGGGAGGUGGCGGUGGUGCGGCUGCGGGGCAGCGACCGCGUCUACGCCAUGAAGAUCCUGCACAAGUGGGAGAUGCUGAAGCGCGCUGAGACGGCCUGCUUCCGGGAGGAGCGGGACGUGCUGGUCCAGGGCGACCGGCGCUGGAUCACGGCCCUGCACUGCGCCUUCCAGGACGAGCGCUCGCUGUACCUGGUGAUGGACUACUAUCCCGGCGGGGACCUGCUGACCUUGCUGAGCCGCUUCGAGGAGCGGCUGCCCGAGGACCUGGCCCGUUUCUACCUGGCUGAGAUGGUGCUGGCCAUCGACUCCCUGCACCGCCUGGGCUACGUCCACCGGGACAUCAAGCCAGACAACGUGCUGCUGGAUGCCCAGGGGCACGUGCGCUUGGCCGACUUCGGGUCCUGUCUGCGCCUCGGGCCUGACGGCAUGGUGGGGUCGGCGAUGGCAGCGGGGACACCCGACUACAUCUCCCCUGAGGCGCUGCGGGCGGUGGAGGGUGGGCGCGGGUGCUACGGCCCGGCCUGCGACUGGUGGGCGCUGGGCGUGUGCGCCUACGAGCUGCUCUUCGGCGAGACGCCCUUCUACGCCGAGUCCCUCGUGGAGACCUACGGCCGCAUCAUGGCCCACGAGGAGCAUCCACUUCCGGCAGAGGUGACGGACGUGUCGGAGGAGGCCAAGGCCCUGAUCCGGGGACUGCUGUGCCACGAGGAGCUGCGCCUGGGCCGGGGGGGGCUGGGGGACUUCCAGGAGCACCCCUUCUUCCGAGGGGUGGCCUGGGCCGGGCUGCGUGACAGCCCCGCCCCCUACGUGCCCCCCGUGGCUGGGCCCGGCGACACGUCCAACUUCGACGUGGACGAUGACACCCUCAAGGAGCCUGAGUCUCCUCCCCCCAGCUCUCAAGGCACCUUCCCUUGGCACCGUCUGCCCUUCGUGGGCUUCACGUUCAUGUCUGGCUCCUCCCUGGAGAGGAAGGGGCCGUCGCCCCAGCCCGGGAGCCCCUCCACAGCCCGGCGGGAAAAGCAGCUCCAAGCCCUAGAGAGGGAGAAGGUGGAUUUGGCCCCACGGCUGCAAGACGUGCUGUCCCGAUCCCCCACCAAAGAUGCGGAGACCCAGAGCCCGAAGAGGGAUGUGGACAAGGUUUCCCAGCAGCUCGUGGAGACCCAUGAGGAGGGGGAGACCUCGGGGCAGCUGAGAGCCCUGGAGAAGCAGCUGGAGGCGACCAGGAAGGAGCGAGACGAAGCCUUGAAGGAGGCGGCCGGGGCGCGGGCGCGGGAGCAGCAGGCGGGCGAGGAGCUGCGGGCGGCGCAGCGGCUGGGGGGCGCGCUGCGGGCGCAGCUGCUGCGGGCCGGGCGCCAGCUGCGGGAGCGCCAGGAGGAGACCGAGGCGGCCGCGCGGCGCGUCGAGGGGCUGCGCAAGGAGCUGGCGCGGGCCGAGGGCGCCCGCAAGGAGCUGGAGGCCCGCACCGAGGGGCUCUCGGGGGAGGCGUCGCGGCACCGGCGGCUGCGGGAGCGCAGCGAGCACCAGGCCAGGAAACUGAGGCAGGAGCUGGAGGGGCUCAAGGCACAGCACGGGCCCCCCGGAGCUCCUCCAGAGCCUCCCCGUGCCCGGGCCACCGUGUCGCACGAGGGGCAGGCGUGCGAGGGGACGAGCGAGGACGACACGGCCGGGACAGAGAGCACGUCGGAGGGGCCGGAGCGGGGCCGGGGGGCCGCGGAGCAGGGGGACGGCGCCGCCGAGACAGACCAGCUCCGAGCGCAGCUGGAGGCGCUGAGCGCGGCCAAGGGGCGGCUGGAGCAGGAGCUGCAGGUGCUGCAGGCGCAGGGGGAGGCUCAGAUCAACGACCUCCUGCAGUGGGUGAGCGAGGAGAAGGAGUCCCGCGGCUACCUCCAGGCCACGGUCACCCGCCUCGCCCAGGAGCUGGAGUCUCUCAAGCAGGUCGGGACCCCGGCGUCUGGGAGCCCGGACGGGCAGUGGCGAGCGCGGCGGCUGCAGCGGCUGGAGACCUCGACGCGCCGCGAGCUGCAGUCGGCGCUGGAGGCCGAGAUCCGGGCCCGGCAGGAGCUGCAGGAUGAGCUGGGCCGCAGCCGGGCUGACCAGCAGGCGGCUGAGAGGCAGCUGCAGGAGCUGGAAGCCCAGAACCAGGCGCUGGGCCAGGAACUGGAAAAGCUGAAGGCCGAGCUCAGAGCCAGGACGCUGGAGGGCACAAAGCACCUGAUUCGUUCCCGGAGCACGGAGAACGACACCAUCAGUCGUGGGAGCUCCCUGGAGGUGCCCGAAUCCCCCCGAGCCCAGGAAGAUGCCCAGCUGCGACCCGAGGGCCGCAGGAGCCUCCGAGCCCAGACCCGCCCCCACAGCUUCCAGCCCUGCAGCCUGGGGGUCCCGUCCAAGUGCCAGGUCUGCUCUGGCCUCCUCGUGGGGCAGCUCUACCAGGGCGUCACCUGCCAGGCCUGCGGCCUCAUCUGCCAUGUGGGGUGUGCAGGGGGGGCCCUGCGCUGCCCCCCACCCCCUGAGUCACCCCGUCAGGGCCUGGGUGCUGGGACUGGCACCGGGACGGCACUGGAGGGGGUCCUGUCGGUGCCGCGCCCGGCCGGCGUGCGCAAGGGCUGGCAGCGUGUCUUCGCCAUCGUCAGCGACUUCCGGCUCUUCCUCUUCGAGGCGCCCGAGGGCCGGAGCUCGCCCGGUGGCGUUGGUGCCACCCACGUCAUCGACCUCCGGGCCGAGCAGUUCUCAGCAGAGCUGGUCCAGGCCUCAGACGUCAUCCACGCCAACCCCAAGGACCUGCCCUGCAUCUUCCGUGUGACAGCGUUGCAGCUGUGGGUGCCACGGACAUGCUGCUCGUUGCUGCUGCUGGCGGAGAGCGCGGGGGAGGCGCGGCGCUGGGUGCAGGCGCUGGGGGCGCUGCGCCAGGCCCUGCCCCCCCCGCUCCGCCCCGUCCUUGCCCUCAAGGAGGCCUACGACAGUGGCCUGCCCCUGCUGCCCCAAGCCCUGGCCACCGCCAUCCUGGACCGGGAGCGCAUCGCACUGGGCACCGAGGACGGGCUCUUCGUUCUCCACCUCCGUACCAAUGAUGUGGUGCAGGUGGGCGACUGCCGCCGGGUACAGGGGCUGCUGGCCUGCCCCCAGGCCCAGGUGCUGGCUGUGCUGUGCGGGCGCCACCAUAGCGUGCGCCUCUUCUCCUGGGCCGAGCUGGGGCAGCCGGCAGCUCCGGGGGCCAAGGUGACGGAGGUGCGGGGCUGCCAGGCCUUGGCCGCGGGCGUCCUGUGCCGGGGCACCACCCCCGUGCUGUGCCUGGCCAGCAAGCGCCAAGUGCUGUGCGUGCAGCUGGUGCCCGGGACCCCCCCGUACCGGCGCGUCCGGGAGCUCCACGCCCCCGGCUACGUCCAGUGCCUGGACGUCCUGGGAGACCGGCUGUGCGUGGGCUUCCCUGGCGGCUUCGCCCUGUACCCGCUGCUCAACGAGGGGGCGCCGCAGCCCCUGCCCCAGCCCGAGGAGCCGCGGAGCCGCGGGCUGGGCCAGCAGGAGGCGCUGCGGGCCGUGGAGGUCAGCCUGGGGGAGCUCAUCCUCUGCUUCGGAGGGCUCGGGGUCUACGUGGACGGGCGGGGACGGAGGACGAGGGACCAGGAUCUCAUGUGGCCGGCACCACCUCUCAGCUGCUGUUACAGUGCUCCCUACCUGACUGUGUUCAGUGAGAACGCCCUGGACGUCUUCGACGUGCGCAAGGCUGAGUGGGUGCAGACGGUACCGCUGCGUAAGGUCCGGGCCCUGAACCCGGAGGGCUCCCUGCUUCUCUUUGGCACCGAGAAGACGCGGCUGGUCUACCUCCGAAACCAGGCAGCAGACCAGGAUGAGAUCGAGAUCCCCGAGAUCACAGACCUCAGCCGGCGCCAGCUGGUGAGGACGAGCAAACGCCGCUUCUCCUUCCGCAUCUCCAACGAAGAGCGGCAGCAGCAACGCAAAGAGAUGAUGCGGGACCCCGACGCCCGGGCCAGGCUCAUCUCCAGCCCCACCAACUUCAGCCACGUGGUGCACGUGGGGCCGGGGGACGGGCAACACCGGCUGCAGGAUCUGCCCACGGCCCAGGCAGAGAAGCAGCGAGAGGCCCAGCUCCGGCCCCGCAGCUUCUCAGACCCCCGGCAGCCCCUGGCCUCACGCAGGAAGGAUGCGGCUGCGGCUGCGGCUGCGGCCCAGCCCCGCGGCUCCGGCAGCUCCGGCACCCACGUCCUCACCCAGAUCUCAGACCAGACCAGCCUCCCGCGAUCAUUCAGCUCCAGCCAGGGCAGCUCCAUCUCUUAAAGGGCCAGGCCCUCUCUGCACAUCCGUCCUCCAGGCUGGGUCACGAUGCUGCUGUUUCCGUUGUCCUGGGGGGACCCCCCUCCCCCCAUUCCCCUUCCCCUUCCCCAGCCCUUGUGGGGACCCUGGACUCUGCAAGACAAUUCUGGGGAGUCAUCCCCGGCUCUCCAAGCCCUCAGCUCCUGCCCCCCCCCAAGUUUGCAAUGCUCAGGGCAGGCAGCGGUUAAAAGCUGCCAAACUCAGGCCUGUGAGUGCCUCCUGCUGGCGGCGGUGUCAGCCCAGCCCUCACUGGGGCCUGGAUCUGCUCCACUGCUGCCCUGCAGACGCCCCGGGGUCUCAGCAGGUCCCGCCAGCGCCUGCCCCACGGCCGUGGGCUCCGGGCUCUGCCCCCGCUCUCAGGGAUCGGGGCCGCUCCACUGUCCUUGGCCCCCGCUCUGGGCUGCACUGAAGGGGGCAAAAAAGACAAUGGAGUAAAGAAGCCUCUGGACACCGUCACAGUC